AUUUGAAAUACCCUACCAGCAAAGACCGUUCUUAUUAUAGCUCAAUGGCAAGCCAAGCUAGCGACACAGAUAGAAUAAGCCACCAGUGUCUUUGCUAGCGACGUGAAUGUAAUACUUAACAUUUAGUUAGUGAAUUAAUAUAACUUAUAUUUGCUCAUAUUUGUAUUGUUGGAUAUUGGAGUGGGAACCGCCAGUCGGCUGUUCAGUCCACACCAUGAAUGUUGGUUCGCAUUUACAGUAAGUUCCGUAGCUAGCUAGCUAACGUUAGUUAGCUAACUCUGCUUUUAUUUUCCCCCACCCAGCUAAUCCUGAUUCCUUGCUAGCUAACUAACAGUAGCCAACUAAUGUUAAGUAACUAUUUCCUAUUUUCCUGCUUGCUGAAUAAUACAACAUUUGAUAUUAGAGUUUCUUCGCUGAUACAACUUACAGUAAUACUUGGUUUUGAUUGACAUAAACAUAUUGUCAUCCAUGCUAGAAGUUAGCUAGCUAACAGUUAAGCAGAACAGAAGAGAAAGAGGUUCAAAACUGCGGUUGAGUUUUAAUCAAAUUCAUUUGUUUUACAGGAGCUUUGAGGAAAGUUUGAGCAACUAUACUGGAGACGACCCCCUAGAUCCAUGGGACAGGUACCGUAACUUGUGCAUGCGUUAUAUUCCAUUAUUAUCUUCAUAGAGGGGGCACCCACCAAAAGUAAACAAUUAAGGGUUAUACAUUUUUACAUGCAAAUCUCACUUGGUUUGGGAGCAACAUAACUGGAUUUUUUGUGUGAAUAUUUGUUGGUGUGUAACUAUCUUUACCAUACAUUUACAUUAUUUCAGGUUUAUUGAAUAUCUAGAGAAGAGAUUACCUGCUGAAGACUCCAAGGGGAUGUCUCUUGUGCUAGAUCGUCUAGUACAAAGAUUUCUCCAAGAGGAGCGCUACUCCAAUGACAUUCGAUACGUAAACUACUGCAUCAAAUGUGCAAGCUAUUACAAUGAGCCCAUCAAACUGUACAGCCACAUAUACAGUAAGGGUAUUGGCACCAGAGCUGCAGUCCUCUAUGUGGCGUGGGCUCAACAGUUUGAGCAGCAGGGCCUGCUUCAACAGGCUGACGCCGUCUACCAGAGAGCCAUGGAGAACCAAGCUGAGCCAGCUGACACGGUCCUUCAGCAAUACAGGUAACCUCCAACACUUAGUUAGAACGCAAAUUAUUACAUGUCAAAAUUAAGGACUCUAUUGAAUGAAACUGAUAUGAAAAGUUUUAGCCUUUCCAUGUUGUGUUUAUUGUUGAUACAUCUAAAUGUAUUCACAGGAGGUUCCAAACCAGGACUUCUAUAGGUGGGACAGGGGCAUCAGGUGAGACUGUUUUCUUCCUUGUGGACCGGUUCUUUGACUGUGGAAUUCAUAAAAGGAAACUAACGUAUCCACUAUCUAAACUGAAUUUAUUUAUGAAAACAGAAGGUGUACGGAAUCCUCUUCAGACUUCUCACUUGGUAAAUCAGCAGCAAUUCCACAGAGAGCCUAGCCCACAGUACAAGGUCAGUUACCACAUUUUUCUGUCUUCAACAUGUUUAUAAAUAGCUUCAGAUUCAUUUCUCAUGUGUUUGUUCAUAAAAAGUGAUCAACAGAGAAAUAUAUAUUUUUCUUCCACAGGACCCUGAAGGUCUAUCCCAACUCCCUGCAGACAGAACAGUUCGCAUGUAAGUCUUUAGAAAUAAAACCAAAACAUUUUCUUGUCCCUACAUUUUAUAUAUUUUUUGAGAAGUUACAUUGUAUUCCCUCUAAUGAAACAACUCUCCCGCAGAAUCUCCCGGUCUGAAAAUGUGGUGGUAAAUAAACCCAAUCAAGGCCCGGCUGUAAACUUGCAAACAGUGUCGAUGUACCGUACUGAAGACCUCGUCUGUGAAGGGUCUGAACUUUGCUUCGAGGAGGUCAGAGCCAGACGAUACUUUGUGAGACGCAAGCAAGUGGAGAAGCAGAGAGAGUUUGGUAGGGUCAUAUGACUUCCUAGCCAGCACUGUUGCAUCGCACUCCUCUAACAGAGUAGAAAUGCAAGGCUGUAUUUUAUUGUGUAGUCAGACAUCAAAAUGAACUGGCCACAUGACAUCCUUUACAGACACCCUUUAUCUAAAUCAAAUGCACCAAUGGGUGAGUGUGUACCUCACCAGUACAGUGCCAACUGUGAUUUUUGACCUAUGUUUGUUUGUUAUAUUACCAGGGGAACGUCAGAGGUUGGCUAGAGAGCAGGAGGAGGAGGUGAUGAGGAUGAACCAACUGCUGGAGGAGCUGGAGAGUAACCUCGGUGUGAGCUCUACAGGCCAGGGAAGCUCAGCCAUUGCUCCACCAGUGCAGGUAGGAGAAUCCACAUGGCUCCUUAACUUCAGAUGUUUCGAUUGUUGUGGUUCCCCUAGAAUUUGUAGGACCCUUUUUUAAAUGUGGUAUGCACUUCUGUUUUCAGGCAUCCUGCACACCUGCAACAGGACUGAAUCCUGAGUUCCUCCAACAGUCCUUUAGGCACCCUCCACUCUCAAACAACCUCGGCAUUAAACCCACUCCAGGCUUGAGACUGAACAGUGGACAGGUCCCCAGAAAAGGCACGGUGAGGGAACCUGAGGCCCACUUUCAGCACGACCGUCUCAGUGUUCCCAUCACAGACACCCUGCUCUCACAGAGGUCCUCUCCCCCAUCUGGACAGGUGGAAGAGGAAAACACCUCCCAUAGUCGCUCCCUUCACCUGCCAGAAGCACCAAUGGGUCACUUGCGUGAAUGUACAGAAGCGCCAAAACCAUCUUCAGUCGCUCCCCAGGCAUAUACUCUACAGGCCUCUCUGGUUCAACCCCAACCAGGACAAAUCCCUAAGCCUAUUGGAUUGUCAUUUGGAUCGUCCCCACAGAAGCCAGCAGCCUAUGGAUCUGAGUUGCAGCACGGGGGAGUUCCUCGCCAGGAUGUUCGCUCCCAGUCCCACCUCGGUGGCUUAGGGAACUACCUCAGCAGCAGCUUCCAGCAGCACAAUGGCAGAGAUCAUCAGUAAGUAAUAAUGAGUCAUCAUGUCUCUAGAUUAGUCCUGGUUUCAGAUGUGUAAUUAUUUGCAACCAGAAUGUAUUAUGUGUCUCUAGCCUCUUUAGCUCUGUCAGGGACGAGACGCCUCAGAGAUUUAGAUAAUGAAUUUGUUUUUAAUUAAUUGUAUCAUCUAAGCUAAUCGUUUCUCUUUGUUUUUCCAGUGAGGUGUCUGUCAGUGAAGCUACUGAGUCAGAGGUGAAAUUAGAUGGUAAGUAAAAUAUCAUAAUCUGGGCCCUUUCUUCCCCUCAUUGGUUUCCGUAUGUGAAUUAAAAGGUUUAAUUACACCGUCCCUCACUCUCUCUGUCAGUGUCACAGGGAGGGACUGGGAACCUGUCCCAUAUCACUCCUAACACUUCUCUAGGACUGGUUCAAGCCACCCCGUCCAGGGUUCUCCCAUCCCCCACAGUCAACACACGGGAGGCACUUGGUGAGUUGGGAACUCAACUCUUAUUCAUUUGCUCAAAUGAAGGCAUUUCUUCAUACAUUUAUUGGUCACUCAGUCAUAAAGUGUGUUGUGUUCAGAUAUGGUGAUUUUAAAUUCAAAGGCAGAAAAAAACAUUGGUGCUAAAAACAAUCACUUCCGUGGUGCUAUCUGCUACACCGAAUCCCUUUUUUGGUGGAGAUAUUCCAAUGUAUUACCAUACAUCUGUGUGGUAAAGGCAGUACAACCAAUGGAGAUUUAGCAUAGAGAUCCUAUUAAAUUACUAGAGGGGCUAUGUCAUAAACCUGAACAAAAGUUCCAGAAUGGGGUGAAAAUGGCAGCCAAAUUGGUCAGGGAGGAAUGAAUGUCAGUAGUGUCAUAAUCCUGAUUUUUACUUAUGCAGGAAAAUAAAAGUAAGGAAUGUGAUAUAUGUAAAUAAAUGUAAAUGUAAAUAUAUAAUUAUUGUCAACCUAAAAUAUUGUCAUAUAAUUAUAAAUAUUUUAUAAAGGUUUUAUACACAUUUUCUGUAUAAAUAGCCUCUAAAAUAUAUUUAAACAGACCAUCAAUAUCUCAGAUUAUUUUGAUUUCUUGGAAAGCUGUGAGUGCUAUUAUAUGAUACAUUAUCAGUACUUGUUGCAUUUACAACUUGUCUAAGUCCUAUCAUCAACUGAUUUCAGCCAGUAUAUGGACAAUGGCUGUGGAUUGACUAUAUUGUUUGAAUGGAAUAUUGGCAUAUUGGCAGUUAAUUUGAAAAAUGAAACUAGCUGGCUAGCUACAGUAGCUAACAAACAUACAGUGCAGAUACAUUCUUAAAAUUCAUUAUUUUACACUCUUAUCACAGCACUGGCAAACCAUGGUUGACCAACUCCCUGACCAAAAUGGCUGACCUUUUAUCAUCCCAUCAUAAGAAGGUUCAUGUCCAUUAUAGUAUUCUAAUUCCUAAUUAUAUGGUCCUUAGUAUCUCACCUCUUUACCUUCCCCUCCAGAUGCUAUCAUGGACAUGUUCCAGGCUCCAACCCUCAUGCAGGAGGACCAGUUCCCCAGCAUGCCAAUGCAUCAGGCGGAGAAGCGCUUUGAUGCUAUCUACCAGAGAAUGGGUAAUUCAAUUCCCCCUUCGAUUGGAACUUCUCAAAACCUUUGUUUCAGUCUGUAUGUCAAAUCAAAAGUGCAUUUAAAAUUGCAAAACACUUUACAGUAAAACAAUAAAAUGAGAGGUAAAAGAAAACGACAAUCAAUCAAAGGGAUGCAUAAUGGCAGGUCGCCCUUUUUUUAUUUUACAUACAGUGGUUAAAUGUCUGGUUUAUUUUUCUCAUUUUUAUUUAAAGGAGGCGCCUCUUUGUUCAGCAAGCCCCCCAGUGCAGUGCCUUUUGCCAUUUUUCAGGAUGAGAACGACAACAAGGAGAACUGCAGGUGAAGCAUGCGGUUCUUCUCCGGCAUCCCGUUUUCUUUGCUAUCUCUUUAAUUCUCAAAGUAAAUUUAUGAACACUGUUUUAUUGUGCGUUUCCUGCUCCAUUUAGUGCUGCUAUGGUGGACAAGGCUAAGCCACCAAGGGCCCUAGCAGAAAUCCCUUUAUCUAAACCAGAGAAACAAAAUGUAAGUGCACAAUUACAUGGUGACAUACCCAUUUCAUUCAGCAAGGGCUCAAAGAAUAAUGAUGGUUGGGUUAUUUUAAGUUGUGUACACAAUGCAAACCUUUAUCGUUUCGUGUGUGUGUUUGCUCAGGAAUCUCCGUCGGAAUUGAUACCAGAUGAGAGCACUAUGUGGGGAGCACGCUACAACUCCCUCAACUCCCUGGCCAACUGCCCCAACAGCACCAGAGACUUUUCCCUGUCGGCCCACCUGGUCUCCACGCCCUUCCAAAAUAAAGCUCCUUCCUCCUGGAACUUUGAGCAGGACCAAGGUAGCCCUCUAUCUGAGCUCAUUCAUAGGAUGCAUGCAUCCCAAUUACCACCAUAGGGCACUGGGCAAAAGGAGUGCACUACAUAGGGAAUGGGGUGCCAUUUGGGAUGCAACCAUAGGCUGUUCAGAAAUCAAAUGCCCUCACCUGACAUAAGGUGUCUGUAGUUCAGAACAACAAUGUGGUCUAAAGCAAGUACUUGACCUUUUUUGGCUCUGUUUCUUUCUCCUCCCACUAGAAAAUGAUCACCCCAGAGGCUUUAGUGGUCCAGAAGAGGGGCCUUUCCUGCGACAGCCCACAAAACUCAGGUACUUACCGGAAACCUGAUAUUGUAGACUACCAGUAACUGCAUUGUACUGUAUGUUUUCACUCUGAAUGCUUGUUGGUCAACGAUUUUGAGGUGUAGUCAAGUGUUUAGGGCAAACACAUGUAGUUGCAUCCAUGGCGAAGAUAAUGAGUUUGUUUCCCUCCCUCAGCCCUAUUAUAGAGCAGAGCCCACCUGAUGGGCUAUCUGAGACCGGCGCUGAGUGCUCUAUGAGGGCACAGGGCUUUGCUGAGCAGGGCACCAUCGUGGGGGAAGGGCUGGCCCAGGCCCAGCGAAGCCUGGCUACCUGCUCCAUGACUGAGGUGCAGCAUCAUGCCCCGGCCACACUGUCCUUCAGAGACCAGACUGCCCCACUGUCUCAUACUGAGGGGGCAGGGGCCAAAAGCCCUCCUCCCAAGGCCUCUAAACCAGACUGGGAUGUCUAUGUGAGCCCAGAGCAGUCUUUAAAGCCAGCCUGUCCUCUCUCACAGCAUGCAUCUGUGGCAGAGGCAUCCCUUUCAAAGAGCCAGAUCUAUGCCCUCAAAUCCAACUUUGAUGUCUCAACUAGUCCAGAGAAAGCCCCAACGCCUGCCUUCGAUAUCCCCAUGAGCCCGGAGUGUGCACCCAAGCCAGACUGGUUAGUGGUCAAAAGCCCAGAGGUUGGCGUUGAACCCGACCUGGACUUGGAUGCCUUCAUGAAUCCCCGUCAGGGUCAGAGAACAGAUGUCUUCCCUCUGAAGACCAUGGACAUCCCAAUGAGUCCAGAACCAUCUAAGUUUAGCUUGGAUGGUACCAUGAGUCCAGUCCAUCCGUCAUUAAGGUUCAGAAUGGAUAUUCCUAUGAGUCCAGCUCCAGAGGUGAGGUACGGCAUGGAUAUUCCUAUGAGCCCAGACCAAGGGUCAAAGGUGAACAUGGAUGUGCCCAUGAGUCCAGCAGUUCAAGAGGCAGUGGCUGUAGCGCAGUUCUCCGACCCCUGGGAUGAGGAGCUGAUCUCCUCCCUGCUCUCCAAACUGCCCAUGCCACUCCCCUCCCAGCCAAACUUCAUCACCUGGCAGUGCAAAGUCCCUAGCAUCGCACCCAAGAUGACCAUCAAAAUGGGUAAGAAAGUCUUGGUGUGUUUACAGGCAGUGACUUUAAAAACAAUUUCACCCCAUUUUUAAAAUCUGAAAAUCGCUGUGAUGGUCAUCCACAGGUGAAGGCUCCUUACGGGUUGACUGCAUCCUCGGACAGGGUGCCUUUGCCACGGUCUACCAGGCAACUGACCUGACAACCUCAGAGAAGAUGAUUUUAAAGGUAGGAUGGAUCUUGACUUUAUAUUAAUUUUAACUUGGUGACUCCACUGACCUUUCAUGAAAUGAGUAGUGACUGUUUUGGUGCUGCCAUUAGUAAGGCCUGAUAACAUGACGGCUUUAUAGUGACCUUAUCCUCACAAUUCAUGCAUUCCUAUUGAAUGCUUGAUUGUCAAUUCUUGUAUGUGUCUUGAUCUGUACACGUAGGUGCAGAAACCAGCCAAUCCGUGGGAGUUUUACAUCAACACUCAGCUGAAUGCCAGACUGCAGCCCAGCGUGCGCCACCUCUUCAACAACUUCCACUCUGCCCACCUCUUCCAGAACGGCAGCGUGCUAUUGGGCGAGCUCCACAACUGUGGCACCCUAUUGGUGGGUAGUAACCCCUCUUCAUCACCCACCAGACUUUAUCAAUCAAUUGAACAUCAGGGCUACAUCUCAAAGUGUGCACUUGUUCACUUCCCUUCACUGAUUUGAAAGGAAAUGACUGGUAUUAAAAAUAUGAUGGAAACUCUCUGUAGCCCAUGCCUCUACCAAUCCAAUGCUUUUAGAUUUGUGGGAAGUAAUGAACAAGUUUACACUUCAGGAGAAAUAAAAUAUAAUUGGGAUGCACCCAAAAAGAGGCCACACCGGAGCACUAAAAGGAGUUAAACACGUUUAUUAUUCCCCUCCAGAACGCUGUGAACCUGUACAAGAACCUGAGUGACAAGGUGAUGCCCCAGCCUCUGGUGAUUUACUUCACUGUCUGCAUCCUGCACAUGGUGGAACAGCUGCACAGCAUCCGCAUCGUUCACGCUGACAUCAAACCAGACAACUUCCUGCUGGGAGAUAGGUAGGGAUGGCUCCUUACUGGUGGUCAUGUCUCUGGGAAUCUUUAGUAAUGGAUGGAUGCAGUACUCUACCAGGGAUUACCAGUGGCUCUUCACUGUGCUAAUUGUUUGCCUGUUGUGUUUUAGGUUCCUGGAGAACAAGUCUUUUGACCCAGAUAAUCUGGAUCAUGGCCUUGCCCUGAUUGACCUGGGUCAGAGCAUUGACAUGACUCUGUUCCCAGAGGGCACUUCGUUCACCGCCAAGUGUAUGACUUCAGGCUUCCAGUGUACAGAGAUGCAGAGUGGGAGACCAUGGAACUACCAGGUAAAGUGUGUCUGUCGUGUCAAGUGCGUGUCCUCUAGUGAUAUGGUGGAUGUCCGAUACGACCUGUUGAGAAUAUUAACUACGUUUCUUUGUGUUUUAGACGGACUACUUUGGAAUAGCUGGAACGGUGUACUGCAUGAUUUUUGGAACAUACAUGCAAGUAACACAGGAGGGUGGUGUGUGGAAGACAAACUCAGUGUUUAGAAGGUAACCAUUGAGGAGGAGUGCUAAUGGCUUUUUAUGGUUUCACUGGUUGUGGUUGUGUAAAAAACAUAUUUUUUGCUCUCUGUAAUCACUUGAAUAUUUUUGUUUGCAUUUUGAAAACAUCUCCGCCUUUUGACCCAAAACAUCUCCUCUCCAGACAUCCCCACAGUGAUCUGUGGACAGAGUUCUUCCACACUCUGCUGAAUGUGCCUGACUGCAGUUCCCUGCCCUGCCUGCGGAGCCUGCGCAGUAGACUGAGCACUGUGCUCCAACAGAACUACAGCAACAAGCUGCCAUCGUUGAAGACCCGCCUGGUCAUCCAGCUGUUAGAAAGUAGGUCGGCACGGAGAUAGAACUCCCUGGGUGCUGUUCAGGAGGUAUAAAAUGAAUGAAAGCGGUCUGAAACUGAGUGGAACAAGGAGAUGCUGUGUGAACUUGUCCACUAAGAAACACUUGUUUUUGUUUUCGGUAACAAAACGUUGUAAACACGACCCUGGAUUGGUAUUACUGCCAUGUCUCAUCUCUACACCAUUUGUAAAUACAAAAGAUUUACUUUGAAUUGGGUACCUUGAAUAACCUUUAUGUAUUUUUUGUGAUAACUUUUUGCCCAUUUGUAAAUUACAUAAAUAGGGAGAUUGAUGUUAUGGUGUAU